UAUGGAAAAUGAAUGGAAUUUAAAGAAUAAGGAAUUGUAAAAUUGGAAAUAGAAUCAAAAAUUAAAUUUGGAUAGGAAAAGUAAAGAGAAAAAAAGGCAUGAGAUCAUAAAUUAUGCUUACAGGUAAAUAUUUAUUAAUAGGUACUCAAAUCAUAAUGGAAUGAAUUUGACACAACAGAGUUGAUUCAGAAAACUUAGACCACAAAGUGGAAAGAGGAUUUGGAUCAAAUUUGGAUGUGAAAGUUUAUACAUUUGUACUUUAUUUAAAUACAAACAAACAAAAAAA